CGUGGCUAUCAGCCAAGGGAUGUCGAAUUCAUGACCCAUUCUCGCCGGCGCCGCCGGUGCCAUGUCAAAGAAACCCUCCGGCCACCGGCAGAAAACCUUGAGUUCCGCUGCGAAGAUUACUCAAGAUUGAAAAAAGAAUUGCUUCAGAUUUUACAUGUUCCGCACCCUGAUAUCUAAUAGACUUCACUGUACCCGAGGGUUUAAGCAUUUCCUGAUAUCGUUGAUGUAGAGGGUUUAGGAAAAUCCCUUAUUAGGUCGGGAAGGGUUUCAUCAGGUGCGUUCAUGUGUGUAUGGAAUCGUCUGACUUUGGUUUCCACAAUCCGGUGUGUUUCUUCCAGGAAGCUUGUUAAGAAUCUCCAGUUUAUUCGAUUGCAAUCGAUUCCGUCGAUUGCACAUUCCACUCCCUAUUUCUCGGACUCCGGUUCUGAGUACUCCAGUCGCUAUUCUGGAAACGGUGCUAACGCAACGAAUCACUGCAACAACAUUGGAGGUAGUGGCGUUUCUGUGGAAUUAACUUCUUCUAGCGUUGUUGCGAUUCUGAAAAAUCUGCAUAACGAACCUCUUUACGCAUUGGAUUUCUUCAAUAAACUCAAGGGGAAGGGUUUUCAGCAUAGUGUGCAGACUUACUUGGCUAUUAUUGGAAUACUUUGUUGUUGGCGUAUGGAUAGGGCAUUGGAUUCUCUGUAUAAGGAUGUUAUACUCUCGAAAUAUGAGAAUCAAUGUUUGGAGGUAUCAGAAUUGUUGGAGGCAAUGGUAAAUGAGCUUAAGGCCGAUCGGAAAAGCCCGAUGCAUCGGGCUAUUGGUUCUAUUAUCAAGUGUUAUGUGGCUUUAGGCAUGUUUGAUGAGGCCAUAGGCAUUCUUUCUGAAAUGAAGAAGCAUGGUGUUGUUCCUUCUUUGUUGUCGUGGAAUUUUCUGAUCAAUAGGUUGGUUUGUCAUGGGAAAUUGGAUGAUGCCAUUGAGGUCUAUAAGGAGCUGAGAAGUUCUGGGCUGAGUCCAAAUGUGUACACUUAUGGUAUUGUGAUUAAGGCGUAUUGUCGAAAAGGAAGUUUGGAAGAAGCUGUGGAGGUGUUUGAGGAGAUGGACCAUGCUGGGGUUGCUGCUAAUUCUUUUACCUAUGCAGCUUAUCUGCAGGGGUUGUGCAGUCGUGAAGGAUCGGAUGCCGGCUAUAAGCUUCUACAAGCUUUGCGAGCCAAAGAUGAACCAAUUGAUGCACAUGUAUAUACUGUUGUGAUUCAGGGAUUUGUCAAUGAAAAAGAUUUGAAUAAAGCGGAGAUUGUGCUACAUGACAUGGAAAAACAUGGGCUGGUUGCUGAUAGAGUUGCCUACCAUUCCUUGGUUCGGGGGUAUUGUGAUUCGGGGGAUAUAAGUAGAGCUUUGGCUAUCCAUUGUGAGAUGGAAGCAAAAGGUGUUACGACCAAUUGUUUCAUUCUCACACCAAUUCUUCAGUUUUUGUGCCAGCAGGGAAUGUAUUCUGAAGUUGUGGAGCAAUUCAAGAACUUUAAGGAUUCGGGCAUCUUUCUUGAUGAAGUAGCAUAUAACGUUGCUAUUGAUGCUCUGUGCAAAAUGCACGAUUUAGACAAGGCUCUCACUUUGUUUGGAGAGAUGAAGAGUAAAAAUCUAAUGCCAGAUGUUAAGCACUACGCCACUUUGGUAAGUGGCUACUGUCGCCAAGGAAGGCUUGCGGAUGCCAAAACUUUAUUUGAGGAAAUGAAGGAAAGAGGUAUCGAAGCUGAUAAUGCCAUUUAUAACGUCCUUAUUAGUGGGUUGUCUCAGCAUGGCCAUUUAGACGGGGUGUUUGACCUUAUAAUUGAUAUGAACGCGCAAGGUUUAAUUCCGGACAUGGUGACACACAGCAUGAUCAUUGAAGGCCUCUGUUGCGGAGGAAAAGUGAAAGAUGCUGAAAUAUAUUUUAGUAGUUUGAAAGAGAAGAGUGUAGAAAAUUAUACAGCAAUGAUUAACGGGUACUGUGAGUCGAGCAAAGCAACCAAGGGAUAUAGACUUUUUCUUCAACAGUUCAGUAAAGGGAUACUGAUAAAUAAGAGUUCUUGCUUAAAGCUUCUUAGCAGCCUUUGUUUGGAAGGUGAAAAUGACCGAGCAAUAAAGCUAUUUGAAGCUUUACUUUCUUCGGGCAACGGCCCCACAAGGGCAAUGUAUGGGAAGCUCAUUGCAGUGCUUUGUCGUGCUGGGGAUAUGAAAACUGCCCAAUGGGCACUUGACGGUAUGAUUGCUAGGGGAUUAUCUCCAAAUCUGAUUACAUACACGAUAAUGUUGAAUGGUUAUUGUCAAGUGAAUUGCCUGAAGGAAGCGUUUGAUCUUUUCAGCAAUAUGAAAGAAAGGGGCAUUAGGCCCGAUAUUGUUACAUAUACGGUCCUGCUUGAUGGAUACAAUAAAAUUAGUGUGAUAAGGGCUCGUACUCGAAAUGAUACUGAAGCAAAUAAGAGAGUUAUAGAGGCCAUUCUCUGUGAAAUGAAACAGCUGAAAUUAAAGCCUGAUGUUGUUUUAUAUACAGCUUUAAUUGACGGUUUGUGCAAAUCAGACAACCUUCAGGAUGCUAUUUCCUAUUUCAAUGAUAUGAUUGAAGAGGGUUUGCUACCUGAUACUGUCGCAUACACGGCUCUAUUAUCUGGCUAUUGUAGGCAUGGAGACCUCAAAAAGGCUUCACGUCUCUUGGAGGAUAUGUUAUCAAAGGGAAUAAAGCCUGAUUUCCGUACAGUAUCAAUAUGGAAUCAAUGGAACGCAAGGGAGACAAUUAUAUAGUUUCAACAUUGAAUUCCUGGAAUUUCCUUGACAAUGGAGCAAUCGGAAGGUCUGACAUUCAGUGAUUGGUUUGGGCUUGUCCGAAAGAAUGCACCUUCGAUUCGGGAAAAUUAACAGUGCAAGUACAUGAAUUUUCAGGAACUAAAAGUUAAAGCACAUUGGUUGGGAUAUUGAUUUAGUGCAUUCAUAUCAAGCUUCAGACAAUGUCGUUCAUGCAGCCAAGUUAUAUUAUACGCAUGAAUCUCUGCUUCGACUCCAGGUAGUUUUCGUAUUUAUGCAGCAGAAUGUUGAACCCCUUAGAUCCAACAGCCUUCCAAAAUACUAAAACUGGCGAGGACUUAUCAUUGACUACAAACCUUUCAUUUAGUUUAGGUGAAGAGUUAGUUGCUGUACAAAUUUGGUGGGGGAGAUGAUGCAUUCCGGAGUUACUUACAGAUAUGGAGGGCCAUUGAUUUUCCACAAUGACCGCCCAGGCCAAGCCAGGAUGAAGAUGAUGGUGGCGACCGAAUGGAUAGCAAGCAAAGCAAGAACUGGCUGGCUGGCUUUGUUCAAUUAACAUAUAAUUAUCACUUUCUAUUAAAAAUUGUUAUAUAUUGAUGCAUUUUAUAUCUUUUAAGUGAUAGAUAUAACUCUGUUAUUAUAAAUUUUAAUAUUAGUGUUGAUAAUAACAAAGUAUCCAAUUUUUUUAUUUUAGUCUGUCUGGUAACAAAGUA